UCAGUUUCUGGAGGUGAAAAAGGGAAAGAAAACGUAAACAAAGGGUACCUAGCGUCAAUAUCAAUAUUUGCGUCUUUCAAAAAUGAACGGAGAUGACAGUCCGGUUCUUCUCUAUGCACAUCCUUCGAUGGCUGCACUAGCAGAAAAUAUAGUCACAAAGUGCACAACGUUUACGAGGGAGAUGAGUCCUCCACCAAAAUCGACAAUCCAUGGCCCUCCCGUUCGCGCUCUGUCAAUAUCUGCUAGCUCUAGUCCUCGUGAAGUUGAAUACAGAAAAACGAUUCAGUGGAAGACAUUUCCUGACGGAUUUCCAAAUUUAUUUAUCGAAGAUGUCAAAUAUAUGGCGGGGAAAGAUGUCAUUUUCAUCGGAAGUUUUCACACUCCUGAUGUCAUUUUUGAGCAACUGUCUGUUCUGUAUGCGUUUCCGAGAUAUUUGGCACGGUCUUUUCAUUUCAUUAUGCCAUACUUUCCAACAGGAACUAUGGAACGUGUAGAUACAGAGGGACAAAUAGCAACAGCCAAAACGCUGGCUACAUUAAUAUCUGGCAUCCCCCUGACAACGAAAGGACCCGCUCAGAUAAUCAUAUUCGACAUCCAUGCCCUUCAAGAAAGGUUUUACUUCUCAGAUAAUGUCAUUCCUAGGCUUGAAUCAGCUGUUCCGUUAUUGAUGAGGGAAAUGAAAUCUUUGCCAGAUUUCAAGAAUGUGAGCAUUGCCUUUCCUGAUGAUGGAGCUUGCAAAAGAUUUCACAACUUCUUUCCUGAUGAAGAUCCUAUCACUUGUGUCAAGAUAAGAGAUGGCAAUCGCCGGAUUGUUAAGGUCAAGGAUGGAAACCCUGCUGGAAGGCAUGUCCUUAUUAUAGACGACCUCGUCCAGUCUGGAGGUACGCUGAAGGAAUGUGCCAAAGCAUUGUAUGAAAAGGGAGCAUUAAAAGUUAGUGCCUAUGUUACCCAUGCUGUGUUUCCAAAAGAAUCUUGGAGGAAGUUCGUAGAUUCGGAUGUCAAAUUUGAAAACUUUUGGAUCACUGAUUCCUUACCACAUGCCAAGAUGAUCUGUGAACACCCACCUUUUAGGCUUCUGUCCUUGAGUGAACCCAUUGCAGAUUUGCUCCUGGGUUAUGAUUUGAUGCCAUGAUCUGCUAAAAACCAGCUGAUAACCAAUGGCAAACAGUAUAUACAUGCUGCAGAAUACUGUAAACAUAUUAUAUUUGGUGUGUACGAUAUUUAGCGGAAAAUAGUUUUUGAACAAGUUUGCAUGGAUUUGAAUAAGCGUAUUCCUGAAUGUUACUAAUAUAUACAUAUAUGCAUGUUAUUUAGCAAUGUACUUGAUUAAGCGGAAGCCACAUUCCGCCAAAAACGCUAAUUAGAAUACACAGCCAAAUGUAAUACGUUUACAGUAUCAUAUUAGACUUUUAAUAUAAGAAUUGUGAGCAAGUUUGUUAACAAGUAGCUUUUGAUUGAUGUCAGUUUAGAAAUUCUGCUCAUGUAGGACAUUUACAUGUACUUUUCAAUUUUUAUUUAGCUAUUAUUCUUACGUUUUUAUGUACUAUGCUUAUAUUUUCUUUUUCGUUGAUCAUUUUUAAAAUUUUAGAUAUAUAUAUAUGGGACCAUAAAACCACAGACAAUACCGGUAGUUUAUUUUGUA